UAGCCCUUUUCAAGAUGGCUGCCUCCAUUACAAAAUCGUGCGUUUUAAAACCACUUUUAAAUCAUCUUCUACGGGCGUCUUCUUCCAAUUUUGCCCUUACUAGACACCUCACCGUAUUGGUAAGGAACAAUGGAACGCGGGAAUAUGAUCAUUACCUGCAUAAUGUACUAUGGAAGAGAGCCAUCCAUCAUCGGCAUGUUGGUACAUUGUCCGAGUCACAAAAGUUUCGACGCGGGGGUAAUGAAUUCACAGAUUCUGAAGAAGAACUUGACUACGACAUUGAUGAAUCGAAAUUGGACACCCUGAUGAAACAGCAUCGUACUCAGGCGCAAGCGCAACAUAUUUCAGAGGGAGGAGUCCAGUUUUCUGAUUUCCCGAUCAGUGAGCAGCUGCUCUCCAGACUGACGGACUUAGGUUACAAGGAGCCAUUUGAUGUCCAGUCGAAGACAUUGCCUCUGACCCUGAAUGGAAAGGAUGUAAUAGGUCGAGCACAGACAGGAAGUGGCAAAACUUUGGCGUUCAGUAUUCCUGUUGUAGAGAAGUUAAUGUCCAGUAAGCCGACGUGUGGUAAGGAUUGCCCUCGGGCCAUCGUCAUCUCACCAACAAGGGAACUCUGCCUGCAGAUUUAUAGAUCCGUUCAAGAACUCAACUCAAGAGUUAGAUGUCUACCUGUGUAUGGAGGAGAAUCCUUUUUUAAACAGCAAUCAUCAAUCUUCAAGAGAGGGGUUGACGUCGUCUGUGCUACACCUGGUCGUCUCCGAGAUCACCUGGAACGAGGGACACUGAAAUUGGAUGCUCUUGAGUUUCUUUGCUUGGACGAAGCUGACCAUCUUCUCACUCCAGAGUUCCUCAUCCAAAUUGAAAAUGUACUAAAGAACUCGCCACGUGAUAAACAGGUCAUGUUAUUCAGUGCCACGCUGCCUCCUGAUAUUCAGAGAAUAACAAGAGAGUAUAUGAAAGAUGCUCAGUAUGUAGAUCUGGUAAAAGAUCAGAGCCAGAGGUCUCCAACUUCAGUGAAGCAUUUGUGUAUGAACAUUCCUCACAACUUUCAUAUGGAUGCCAUAUGUGAACUCAUCAAGAAUACAUAUAAACCAGAACGGUGUAUAGUCUUUAUCAAAACAAAACAUAUGACGAAGCAAGUGGCACAUGUCCUUCAGCGCCAUGGUUUAGAUGCACAAGAGCUGCACUCAGAUUUAUCCCAGUCGAAACGACAAAAUGUUCUCUCGGCUUUCAGAACUGGUCAGAUAGAAAUUCUAGUGGCAACUGAUGUAGCAGCAAGAGGCCUAGAUAUACCAGAAGUGGAUCUCGUCAUUCAGGUUGAACCUCCUCAAAAUGGCAUCGACUUCUACAUCCACCGGUCUGGACGGACGGGCCGAGCAGGUCGGGAGGGAAUGGCCAUCAUGAUACACAGCGGUUCAAGAGACGAUAGGGAGAUUAUAUCAAAGAUUGAGAGAAUGGUUGACCUCGAGCACACAAACGGACCUGACCUGCGACAACUGAAAAUGAACAAACUUGAUAGUUUAGCUGGUCGUAUCACGCACAUGAAGGAUAGAGAAUUAGAUGUUGGUAAACCUUUGGCAGAAAAACUUCUCAGUCAACCGGAUGCUGAUAGCCACAGGAUUUUGGCUGCUGCUUUAAGUUUGCUAGUCAAGGGAGAAAAAGAAAAGACAGAGUUCCGACCGAGCGAUUCAAAUUCAUUUGGAAGAAGGCCUCAGUUCAACAGAAAGCCACAAUUUUCUCAAAACAGAACGGAUCGGUUCUCGUCGUUCAGGAACUCACGAAACUACGACGACAACGAUGAUGAACGAUUUUAUAACCGUCAGAACAGAAAUCAGUCGUUCAGGCGCCGUAGGAAUUUCGAUGAUGAGGAGGAAGAGUGGUGAUGUCAACGACAAUAUAGGACUUAUUCUUCAUAGUCGCCAUUCAGGCACAAAAUUGUUAUUUGUGACUCGCUCUACCAAAACUAGGCGCUUGUCGCAUCUGAACUUGACAGGUUAAUACGGACUUGUUGUUCAUUUCCCUAUUGUAGACUUUUUGUGAAAUCUAUUACAAACUGAUUUGGUCACAUUUCACAAAAGGUCUACAAUAGGGAAAUGAACAACAAGUCCGUAUCAACCUGUCAAGUUCAGAUGUGACAAGCGCCUAGUUUUGGUAGAGCGGGUCACAUUUGUACGUACUACUUUAUGGAUAGCCCCUACACAACCAAGGCUAAGGAGACCACUCUCCUCUCAUGCAAGAAUUGAUUACAUCCAACUUUUUGCAAGUUUUCAUUAAAGCUACUCUGCAUGAUCAACAGUUAUUUGUACUGUUGUACUGGUAGUGAACUGGUACAUGUAGAUGAAGCAUUUGGGUGAAGGUAAUCCAGGUUUACACAAGGAUGUUGUGUUAAGUUAAUGAUAAAAAUAAAGUCAUGGAUUUCUAAAAAUAUUG